AUGUGCCAGGAUCAGGGAGUAUUUUCCCAGCUGGUGACCGUCUUGGCGGAUGACUUGUCGUUUUACUACCUCUUCGACCUCAACGUGCCCGGGUACGAGAGCGCGGAAGACCUUGUCGUGUCUUCUGGCCCUUCUAGCGACGCUCAGGCGCUCGCCUGCCCAGUAGACGAGGAAGAGGAGGAGGAGGAGGCCGUCACUCCAGUACCCACGCCCGAACAAGUCAUAGACGAGGAGGAGGAGGAGGAGGAGGAGGAGGAGGAGGAAGUGGAGACCCCUUCGCCGAUGACGGCCGUCGAGGAAGAGCUGGAGACGACGCCUGCGCCGGUGACGCCCGAGGAGGAGGUGGAGAAAGUCCCGGUGACAACCCCCGCCCCGUCGUCGCCGCCCGACUCCAGCACGGCCGGCCAGGGCGCCACCUCUUCGAGCACCACCGCCGCCCCGGUCGGGGUCGACACCCCGGCACCCACGCCCGCCUCUCGCGGAUUAGAAACUCCCUCGCCUUCGUCGGCGGCAGUCGAUGCUCCUUCCGCGUCGUCCCAGGCUCCCGUAGCCGCCGCUGCCCCCACGCUGCCCCCCGCUCCAGCCACCGCGGCUCCUGCUGCUGCCGCUGCGGCUGACACUCUGCCUCCGACUCCUCCCGCUGUUACCCCUGGCCCGACGGUCGUCCCCCCCUCAGGCGACUCGGGUUUGUGCCCCCCCUGCUACUUCAACCUAACCUUGGGCGAGGAGGGCGACGGCGAUGACGUUGACGUGCCGGACUACCCCGAGUGCCCCUGCUGCGUGAUGGAUGAGUACGACAGGAGCGUCGACCGAUGUUCGGGCUGA